UACAGGACGACUAGAAUUAAGUCUGAGACCGGUAACAUCAACAGUGAGGACAAACCCAGCCUGCCUCUCUCCUUCCACACUGAGUCCAAACCUACAGUUACUGGGUCCUGAUUGUGACAGUGGAGCCCAGUUUGCACUGCAGGAUCCAGAGAUGGCAUCAGUGAAGCUGGAAGACUGCAGUCAAACACUGGAGCUGAAUGUCAUCAUUAAAGAUGAAGAAGAGGAGGAGAAGAUUGGGAAAUCUGUUUCUCAAGGAAACCAUGGAGAGACAUUCUCUACAUUCAGAGAGCAACAGCAGGAAGAUCACAGAGCAAAGAGAUUAAGUCUGAAGCCGGUAACAUCAACAGUGAGGACAAACCCAGCCUGCCUCUCUCCUUCCACACUGAGUCCAAACCUACAGUCACUGGGUCCUGAUUGUGACAGUGGAGCCCAGUUUGCAUUGCAGGAUCCAGAGAUGACAUCAGUGAAGCUGGAAGACUGCAGUCAAACACUGGAGCUGAAUGUCAACAUUAAAGUUGAAGAAGAGGAGGAGAAGAUUAGGACAUCUGUUACUCAUGGAGACCACGUUGAGACAUUCUCUACAUCCAGAGAGCAACAUCAGGAAGAUAACAGAGCUAGGAGGUCUCACCACUGCCCACAUUGUGAGGAGAUUUUCCCAUUUCUACCCAAGCUAAAAAUACACCUAAAAAUACACACAGGAGAAAAGCCUUACUCCUGCUCUGACUGUGGAAAGAGUUUCUCUCGACUGGGUAACUUAAAACAACAUGAACGUAUGCACACAGGAGAGAAGCCUUACUCCUGCUCUGACUGUGGGGCGAGUUUCUCUCAUCCGGGCACCUUAAAACAACAUGAACGUAUACACACAGGAGAGAAGCCUUACUCCUGCUCUGACUGUGUAAAAUGCUUCACAACAUCAACUGAGCUAAAAGUUCAUCAGAGAACACAUACAGGAGAGAAGCCUUACUCUUGCUCUGACUGUGGGGCGAGGUUCUCUCAACUAGGCACCUUAAAACAACAUGAACGUAUACACACAGGAGAGAAGCCUUACUCCUGCCCUGACUGUGUAAAAUGCUUCAAAACAAUUACUGAGCUAAUAGUUCACCAAAGAACACACACAGGAGAGAAGCCUUACUCCUGCUCUGUCUGUGGGGCAAGUUUCUCUCGACUGGGCACCUUAAAACAACAUGAACGUAUACACACAGGAGAGAAGCCUUACCUCUGCUCUGACUGUGGAAAGAGUUUCUCUCAACCGGGUCACUUAAAAAGACAUGAACGUAUACAUACAGAAGUGAAACCUUACUCCUGCUCUGACUGUCUAAAAUGUUUCAAAACAUCAACUGAGCUUAAGGGUCAUCAUGGAACACACACAGGAGAGAAGCCUUACUCCUGCUCUGACUGUGUAAAAUGCUUUACAACAUCAACUGAGCUAAAAGUUCACCAAAGAACACACACAGGAGAAAAGCCUUACUCCUGCUCUGACUGUGGGGCAAGGUUCUCUCGACUGGGCACCUUAAAACAACAUGAACGUACACACACAGGAGUCAAGCCUUACUCCUGCUCUGACUGUGGAAAGAGUUUCUCUCGACUGGGUAACUUAAAACAACAUGAACGUAUGCACACAGGAGAGAAGCCUUACUCCUGCUCUGACUGUGGGGCGAGUUUCUCUCAUCCGGGCACCUUAAAACAACAUGAACGUAUACACACAGGAGAGAAGCCUUACUCCUGCUCUGACUGUGUAAAAUGCUUCACAACAUCAAAUGAGCUAAUAGUUCAUCAAAGAACACACACAGGAGAGAAGCCUUACUCCUGCUCUGACUGUGGAAAGAGUUUCUCUCAACUGGGUGACUUAAAAAGACAUGAACGUAUACACACAGGAGAGAAGCCUUUCUACUGCUCUGACUGUGGGGCGAGUUUCUCUCAUCCGGGCACCUUAAAACAACAUGAACGUACACACACAGGAGAGAAGCCUUACUCCUGCUCUGACUGUGGGGCGAGUUUCCCUCGACUGGGCACCUUAAAACAACAUGAACGUAUACACACAGGAUAGAAGCCUUACUCCUGCUCUGACUGUGGAAAGAGUUUCUCUCAACUGGGUCAUUUCAAAAGACACCAAGGUAUACAUGAAAGAGAGAAGCCUCAUCAGUUCUCUCAGACCAGCUAAGAUCAGACACUCCACUUAAUUGUCAUGUCAUUAAAUAAUUGGCGACGUUGAAUUGGAUCAAAUGAAGAAAGCGUAGAAUGCUCUAUUGUAAUCCUAUA